AUGUGUUGGUUAAAGGUUCCGAGAGAAUCUAACAAAGGUAGUGAUCUGGAAACUGGUUAUCCUGGUGAGCUGGAGGCUUCUAGUAAUUUUAAGUACCUGCGAACUCGUCAUAGCUGGUCACAUAUUCUUUUUCCAUCAAGGACUGAAGAAUCAAGUUAUUAUGGAGGUAUAGCACUGAAGCUGUUGGUCAGUCAAGGGAAAUGUGAUCUUGAAAUCUGCGGCCUGCCCUAUUGUCAUGGUAAGUAG